AUGGUAAAGGAAACGGUGGUUUAUAAACGCAGGGCCGGUGUGUCUGCGCAGAGCCAUUCCAGUGAGACUUUAUCCGUGGUUCAGUCUCCAUCCACACUCACGCUGAGGAAAGGAGAAGACGUUCGGAUCACCUGCAGCUGGAACAUCAGCAUCACCAGACCAAAAGUGAAAUGGUUUAAAGACAAAUUUGAAUUUAACAAAACUGACAAACUCACAGAAACCCACAACAACAUCAACAAUCGUGACAGACCAGACUCUCGCGUGAUCCCUGGUACAGAACCAGGGCCUGCUGAUGAAGAAGGACCGGUCAUUUUUGCAAUCCGAUGUGUGCCCUUCGUCACGCUACUGCUGGCCGUCUGCUUUCUUAACAGGGAUCACAAAAAGAACAAACGCCUAAGAGCAGAAACACAGAGGGCAGAAGAGCAAGCUUUACUCAUAGUGGAGCAGAAUGAACAAACCAGACAAGACGAAGAAAUAGAAGAGAGAGAUGAACAAUCAGGACAAAGAAGAGAAGUGGAAGAGAGAGACGAACAAUCAGGACAAGAAAAAGAAGUGGAAGAGAGAGACGAACAAUCAGGACAAAGAAGAGAAGUGGAAGAGAGAGACGAACAAUCAGGACAAGAAAAAGAAGUGGAAGAGAGAGACGAACAAUCAGGACAAAGAAGAGAAGUGGAAGAGAGAGACGAACAAUCAGGACAAGAAAAAGAAGUGGAAGAGAGAGACGAACAAUCAGGACAAAGAAGAGAAGUGGAGAUGGUGAAUGAAUUAACGGGACAAGAAAGAGAAGUGGAAGAGAGGGAUGAAGAAAUGGGACAAGAACAAAAAGUGGAAAUAGUGAAUGAAUUAACAGGAAAAGAAAGAGAAAUGGAAGAGAGGGACGAACACAUGGGACAAGAAAGAGCAGUGGAAGAAAGGGAUGAACAAACAAGAGAAGAAAGAGCAGUGGAAGAAAGGGAUGAACAAACAAGAGAAGAAAGAGCAGUGGAAGAAAGGGAUGAACAAACAAGAGAAGAAAGAGAUGUGGAAGAGAGGGAUGAACAAACAGGAGAAGAAAUAGAAAUGGAGGUGGUGAAGGAAUUAAUGGGACAAGAAAGAGAAGUGGAAGAGAGGGAUGAACAAUUGAGACAAGAAAGAGGAAUGGAAGAGAGGGAUGAACAAACAGGAGAAGAAAGAGAAAUGGAGAUGGUGAAGGAAUUAACGGGAUUAGAAAGAGGAAUGCAGGAGAGAAAUGAGGAAGUGAAUGAAGGUGUUGAACAGUGUUUCGUGCAGCAGCUGAGGGAAACUGCUGGUUUUUCUACAUGCUAGAAAUCACGAUUGUUUAAUCAGACUUUCCCAAACGAUCAUAAAAACAGUCGUACGCAAAAUACGGACCGUCGCUCUGAAGAUCCAGCUUUUUACUUUUAAUGAAACAACAAAAAGAGGUUGCUAAUGCUAAAGACCGCGUAAGUUCACAGUAAUCAUUAAAGUCCAAACAGUUUACAGGUUGAAUAAUGUAUAUAUUUUAAUUUAAUAAGGUUUAUGUAAUCAAAAGCUGAAAAUAAACUUUUGAAUAUUAAAAAUUCCCGUGUUUUAAUUUUAUACACCUAAAGUACGGUAAGUCGUGUUAAAAAACAUGCUUCAUCCAUAACGGGAGAUUAACAGCUCCUGCUAGCAUAAAAGUCUUAAAUAAUAAUAAUAAUAAGAUUAGCCGAGGAGCGUCCAAUCAGCACACCACAGCGUGUCACACACAACACACACACUUAUACACUUCCUUUCCAGAAUCUGGGCUGGAAAAUGCAGGCUUUUUUAAAAUCCUGCUAAACCUGGCUUAACGUUUUACCUGCUAUUACACACCUUUAGGACAUUUUUGUCAAGCUUUUGUGUGUAUGAACUUUUACAAACCACAGAAAACUUUUAAACAGGAUGAGGACAGUAAAUUAUUAUUUUGUCUUCUGGGAAACAUGUAAAUAUCUUAUGUAGCUUCUGAAGGGUGGUACUACAUGAAAAAAAUAAAAUCUUUGAACCAAAUGUAAAGAUUUAAACAAUUUACACUGAUCAUGUUGUUCAAAAGUUUACACCCCCCGGCUCUUGAUGUAUCGUGUUUCCUUCUUGAGCAUCAGUGAACGUUUGCAGCUUUUGUAAUAGUCGUGUUCGAGUCCCUCAGCUGUCCUCAGUGUGAAAAGAUGGAUCUCAGCAUCAUAUAGCGGCUGAUGGAAAGGAGUCAGAUACGCAGAAGAUGAUGGAAAACGAGAGAACGUGCAGAACCUGCAGGCUUUAUCUGAAGAACAGUGUGCAGUUUAACUGAUCAGGACA